CCCCCCCCCCCCCCCCAACCUCCUGGCUCCCACCCUCUCCCUCUCUCCGGAUCUCUUUCUCUUUCACUUUUGCAUGCCCUGCAACCUUUUAAAAUGUUGCCCCUUUCCUGUGAUUCGUCAGACGCAGCAGCAUGUGUCCCCUCUCUCUCUCUCUCCCGCUCCCUCUCUCUCCCUUUUUGUCUCCCUCUCCCUCUCCCCCAUCUCUGAUUAGAUACACUGAUUCUUCAUUCAAUGGACGUCAUUUAGAACAGGCUCUGCCUUGAGUUGCCUUCUCGCUUCACGCUCGAUUUCCAGCCAUUCUUCCCUUAUUAAGUGUUCGUGUAAUAUUAAUAGUCAUGAAUAUCUGCUAUUAGGAGUCUCCAGGAAGGCAGCAGAUCUGUUAUUAGGAGCUCAAGUGAAGCAGCAGCUAAGUCAAAGGAGGAAAAAAAAAAGGGGACAGAGGGGGAAAAAAAAAAGGAUUAAGAAACAAACACACACACGCUAAAAACCAACCCCACCAAAAAAAAAAACAACCAAAAAAAAAAAGGCGAAAAAGAACAACAAAAAAAAGGGGCAAAACCAAGCAGAAAAAAAAAAAAAAGAGGCACCAACAGAAAAACAAAACAAAACAAAAAACAACGAAGUUUGCCUCCUCCUUACACCACGCCAGGAUAGAGAACUCGCCUUGGCAACACCCGAUGAAGGGCUGCAGAGACCGGUGCAAGUUCUGAUGGAUUAUCGUGGCUCGCCCGCGGUGCAGGAGCAGCCCCGGCGCCCCGGUCCCGCCGCCCGCUCCUAGCGCCGGGCUCCGGCCGCUCUCCCUCCGCACCCGCGGGGCUCCGCCGGAGGCUGAGCUCUCCGCUGGUUCCCUUUCCUCUGCCUUUUUUUUUUGUGUGUGUGGGUUUUUUUUCUUUUUUAUUCCAUUUUUUCCUGCCUUGACUUGUAACCCCCGACUCUUCGCAGAUGUUAGUACACAGUUUUUCGGCUAUGGAGCGCCACGACAGUACCAGCAACGGGACAGCCCGGCUACCCCAGCUGGGGACCGUGGGUCAGUCUCCCUACACCAGCGCCCCGCCGCUCUCCCACACCCCCAAUGCCGACUUUCAGCCCCCCUACUUCCCCCCUCCUUACCAGCCCAUCUACCCCCAGUCUCAGGACCCCUACUCCCACGUCAACGACCCGUACAGCCUCAACCCCCUCCAUGCCCAGCCACAACCCCAGCAUCCAGGAUGGCCGGGACAGAGGCAAAGCCAGGAGACUGGGCUACUCCACACGCACCGGGGGUUGCCCCAUCAGCUUUCGGGGCUCGACCCACGGAGGGACUACCGGCGACACGACGAUCUACUGCACGCCCCGCACGGGCUGGGCUCUGGGCUGGCCGAUCUACCCCUCCACUCCAUCCCCCACGCCAUCGAGGAUGUGCCGCACGUAGAAGACCCCGGUAUUAACAUCCCAGAUCAAACUGUAAUUAAGAAAGGCCCCGUGUCCCUCUCCAAGUCUAACAACAACGCCGUCUCCUCCAUCCCCAUCAACAAGGACACGCUCUUCGGCGGGGUAGUGAACCCCAACGAGGUCUUCUGCUCGGUGCCGGGCCGCCUCUCGCUGCUCAGCUCCACCUCCAAGUACAAGGUCACGGUGGCGGAAGUGCAGAGACGCCUCUCGCCUCCCGAGUGCCUCAACGCCUCCCUGCUGGGCGGAGUGUUACGGAGGGCGAAGUCUAAAAAUGGAGGGAGAUCGCUGAGGGAGAAACUGGACAAAAUAGGAUUAAACCUGCCAGCUGGGAGGCGUAAAGCUGCUAACGUUACCUUGCUGACGUCGCUUGUGGAGGGAGAAGCAGUACAUCUCGCUAGAGAUUUUGGGUACGUUUGUGAGACAGAAUUUCCUGCCAAAGCAGUAGCUGAAUUUCUCAACCGACAACAUUCCGAUCCAAACGAGCAAGUCACAAGAAAAAACAUGCUUCUAGCUACAAAACAGAUCUGUAAAGAGUUCACCGACCUGCUGGCUCAGGACCGAUCUCCCCUGGGUAACUCACGGCCCAACCCCAUUUUGGAGCCGGGCAUCCAGAGCUGCCUGACCCACUUCAACCUCAUCUCGCACGGUUUCGGGAGCCCGGCGGUGUGCGCUGCCGUCACCGCCCUGCAGAACUAUCUCACCGAGGCGCUCAAGGCCAUGGACAAAAUGUACCUCAGCAACAAUCCCAACAGCCACACAGACAACAGCACCAAAAGCGGCGACAAAGAGGAGAAGCACCGAAAGUGAGGAUUUCUGCCCCCUUACUCCUCUCCCUUCCCCCUCAUAGCCCAUCGAUCCAUUCAUCUCCCUCCUCCCUCUCCCCGGCACCCAGCACCCCCAGGCUACAGCAACAGAAUGAGCGUCCUUCUGCCAAUCGCGUUCACUGACUCUGCGGGACUGCUCUGCCCUCUCCCCGCACCCCAUCCCAGCAUCCACAUUUCCAUUUGCUCCCUCUUAACUUGUCCCCCAAUGUUCCUCCUGUGCCCGCUGCUGCCACCACCGUUUUUGCCCCAGUUUGGAGCCUAAAAGGAACAGUACAGGGGGACGGAGCCAGCAAAGUUAAAAAAAAAAAAGUUCUGUCUUGAGUUUGUGAACUUUUUUUUUAAAGAUAAAACAAAAUGAGGGGAAAAAAAACACAAAACAGAAAAACAAACAAACAAACAAAAAAGGACUUUUUUUUUUCUAAAAAUAGAUUAAAAAUUUAAAAAAAAAUCACAACCAAACAACAAACACACCAAAAAGAAGUAAAUAAUACUUAAAAAAAAGAAAGAAAAUUCUAUGAGCUUCACCGGACUGAAUCACCACCUUCCCUUACAUAAACUUCAGUUGAGAUUGUAGCCAUAUUAAAAACCAGAGACAGGAAAAAAGAAAGAAAGAAAGACAGAAAGAAAGAAAGAAAGAAAGAAAGAAAGAAAGAAAGAAAGAAAGAAAGAAAGAAAGAAAGAGAGAGGAGGCAAACAGAAAAGGUACAACAGCAGCAGCCGCCGCAGCCACCAGAAGGAGAGGCAAAAAGGACUGAUGACGUUGAAUCAGUAUUGUGAAUAAACUUGAACACAAAACACAAGCAGUUCCAUGUCAUAUCUUCAGUUGUAGAACUCUUUUUGGUUUUGUUUUGGUUUGUUUUUUGUUUUUUUUUUAUUUCCUUCUCCUGUCCGAGGUAAACCAACCUGACUUGAACUUUCUAUGGCAACACGAUUCACGGUUAUUAUAUAAGGGAAUCAGUGUUCAUGUAUGUAUAUAUUUAUUUAUGUGUAAUUUAAUGGGAAUUGUAAAUAUGGUGAGUCUGUUUUAAGCCUUUUUUUUUUUAUUAUUAUUAUUUAUCUGGUGAUCUCGUUUACCUCUUGUUUAGUGGGUUUUAAAGCUUCCCCUCUUAGUUCAUCACGUGGUUCAUGGUACUUAUUUAGAUAUCAGAGGUUUUUUGGGGGUUUUUCUCUGGGAUUCAUCAUUUUUUAGCCCUGUUGUAGCAUGUUAAAGGCGACAAUGAAGCAGCUGAACAAAAGAAAAGAAAAACAAAGACACAUGGAUUUUUAAAUUUUUUUUUUAAAUAUAUAAUUAGUAUGACAUUUAGUUUCUCAUUGAAGAUAAAAUAAAGUGAUGUUGGACCCUGGCAAGGUUUUUAAACAUGUUAGUGGUUUUACAACCCUUAUGUGUUGUGGCAAAUGAAAGAAGAAGCGAUUUUCAUCCACUGUCCUUCUCCCGAAAGCACCAUCAGAUCAGAGCAAUAAAUUAAUAUUGUCUUUUAAAACAAGAUUUAGCUUCUCUUUCCUCCCCCCCCUUUUUUUUUCCUUUCUCUCUCUCUCUCUUUUUUUUUUUCCCCUUUUCUUUGUUUUAUUUUCUUUUCCAAAGAACUUCAAACACUCGGGACCACCUGGUAUCCUGUAUUUCCACUGGCCAUAUUGGAAGCAGUUCUAGUUGUAUUGUAUUGAGUUGUGCCGGCAGUAGUUUCCAUGCCUAUCAAUGUAUCAUAGUCCUUUGUUGCCCAGAUAAAUAAAUAUUUGAUACGCUUUAUGUCGAUUUUUUUAUUCAGUGGCUGUCUUUACCCAGGCGUAUUUUUGUUCUUGGCAGUAUUUUUUAUUCAGUAUGGUUACAGUAAUUGAGUUUAACUCUCCCUUGACAAUUGCUCCUUGCAAUAAGCAGCUGAACCCAUUGUUUCCCUCAAGUCUAAUAAAAACUUACUUUCAACUUGGAGUUCAGAGCAGGGUAUCAUUUAGAUAUUCCACUGAGUCUGUAUUCAGACAAAUGACACAAUAAAGCACAAUGUAUUCUUUUGGAUAAAAAAUUGUCUGUACUACUAACAAAAUGACACACUAUCUUUUUCUUUAACCAAAACCUAAUUUUAUUUAAAAAAAAAAGAAAAACAAAAACAACAACAAAAAAAAAAGAAACGACAAAAUAAAGUUUUAUUUUAUUUA